CCCACGGUGAGUCAAAGUCCAACCCACUUGUGAGCUGGGUGUGUCAGGCAACAGGAUCCUUCAUUUGUCAACUUCUCCGUCACGGCCUCUUCUUGGAUACGUAUAAACCUGCGGCCCUCGUCUUCGACCGACUUGUAGCAAUAUUUCCUCACUCCAGUUCAUAUUACAAUCGUUGGACCUGCAAUCGUGCUUUAGCAUUCUAUCUGUUUUUCUUGUCAAGAUGCCUAGAACGCAGGAAACCGCCUCCAAAGCCGGAGGGCACGAUGAAACCAGCAACGUCAAGGCUGAAGGAAUUAAAGAAAACAAGGAGGAGGUGAAGGAAGACAAGCCCAAGGAACCACCGGUACCCAAGGGUAGUAUCAACGAAGCCAAGGCGUUGUAUUCGAAGAAAGAUCAAGAUGGCAAGUACCAGUGGGUGACUGAAGAGCCGGUGGAUGUUGUCGAGGCCGCCGAGAAUGAAGAGACUGCGAAAUUUGCCUUCUUGGUGCGCAAGCAGAAAAGUUAUGACAGCCGCAAGAAAUACGACAUUCACUCAAUCAUUGUCCAAAGUCGAUGGCUCAAAGAGUCAUUGGGAAUCAUCCUCGAAGAUUACCCGGGCAUCACGGCAAAUCUCGACCGGCUCGUCUUUCGCGCCCCGUUUCACCCAUUCGUGCACCGUUGGGACAGGCUGGCCUCGCUUCUCGAGAAAGACGAAUUUGAGGAGGACAUUGCCAGGGACCACCUCAAGCUCUUCCGGGACGUCCUUUUCGAGGAACUCGAGAACGCAAUCGCUGCCAAAGUCGACCUUGUCAAGAACGGAGUCAUUACGUUUGAAUAUCUGUGGACAAUCUUUGAGCCCCAAACCCUUGUGUAUAGUGUAUCCGACGGCAAGGAGUGUGUCUUCAAGCUGAACUCCUCGACCACCGCAACGGACCAAAGGCGCGGACUGGAUUUCCUGCAAUUGGACGUUUGGUCUGUGGACUGGGACGGCACCAAGUUCGGGCAGCAUGUGACUUACCUCCAGAAUUACGAGUUCGCUGGUACAACGCCCAUCACCUCUCUUCAAGCAUAUCCGCUGAAGUUCCACCCGGAGAAAGAGCAGUUGAUACUUCGACUCGUGGCCCGCGGAAAGCUCUUUGAACGCUUUGCGGGAUACCAUUACAAGGCAUACCGAGGCGUUGCUCUUGGGUACGGUCGUUGUGGGAUGAUCAGACACAACGUGGAGUCCCGAAUCAUCAUCGACUGCGACGCGCACAAUCGAUUCUUGCCCAACAACGCGGUGUACUUCAACUCGCUAUUCAAGCCAGGGAAACAGGACAGUAGUCUUGAGCCGCCGUCGGACGAGUCCGAAGAUCAAUUCGACUUCGACGCCUUCUUGGACAACGAGUCGGACUUCGUUGCCACGCCGGACUCCGACGACGACGCCUGCAAGCCCAAGCACCGUCCGCUUACCACAGAAGAAUUGCUCCUUGCAGUGCCAUACGUGCGAGGAUAUGCGCUAAAAACCAAGAAAUGGCUCUGGUUCUACGUUGAUCAGAUCGAAGAGAUCAAAUUUGCCGACAAUGCCUUUGCAUCGCUGGUGUUACCCAAAGAACAAAAGUCGUUGAUUCGCGCCUUCGUCGAGUCCCAAGUCAAGUACAAGGAUGAUUUUGACGAUGUUAUCGCCGGCAAAGGCCGCGGUAUGAUCAUGCUCCUGGCAGGUCCUCCCGGAGUGGGAAAGACGUUGACGAGCGAGAGUGUCGCCGAAGAUAUGCGGGUGCCUCUCUACAUGAUGUCCGCUGGAGACCUGGGCCUGGAUCCGUCCGGGAUUGAGGAGUCGCUCAACCUGGUGCUCGACAUGGUCAGCAAGUGGAACGCAGUUCUGCUGCUCGACGAAGCCGAUGUCUUUCUCGAGGCACGAAGCUCCAAUGAUCUCGAGCGCAACAAGAUGGUGUCGAUCUUCCUUCGUGUCCUGGAAUAUUAUGAGGGCGUAUUAUUCCUAACGACCAACCGGAUCAAGAACAUCGACGAGGCAUUCCACAGCCGCAUCCAUGUGACGGUCAACUACCCCAACCUGUCGGUCGAGUCGCGCCGUCACAUCUGGCAGACCUUUUUGGGUCAUGAUCAUCCGGUGAGCGGCAAAGACCUGGAGCGCCUCGCCCGGGUGGACCUGAACGGGCGACAAAUCAAGAACAUUCUGAAGACGGCGCAGAUGUUGGCACGAAGCGAAGGCGGCAGCAGCCAGGAACGGGCCAAGGAUGCGCAACGUGGGCCAAAUGUGGAGAUGCGCCACAUCGAGACGAUCCUGGCCAUUGAACAGCGAGGCACAUCAUGGCAGCAGGCGUGAUUGGGCGCGGGGUUUGGACCAGGUACAUACGAGUAACAACCAUACCACUGCUACCAGUAAUGGUGUAUACGACGAGGAGGACCAGCAGCCGCUGGCCGCCUGGGAAGGUAGGGAUACCCGGGGCAAAGUUAAGCGAGAGGUCAAAAUGCCACAUACUUUGGAGGGACUUUUAGCAGUGACCGGGGGCUUUGAGCAAGAGUUUUGACAGUAGUUAGUAAGAAACGAGCUCGAGGGGAAAGGUCGAGGCCUCCACCUCGCUUCUCUCUCUCUCUUCCGGUCCAACCGUGGGAACUGAGACAUUUCGGUGGCAAAAAAGCAGUACUAUGCAUCGAGGAACAAAAAGAAUCCAAAGCCCAAACAGCAAAGACCUUGUCUCACGUCUGACGACGAUCAGGAUGCCGCCUCGCAGGUCUGUCUUACAGCGGUGAUGCCCACGUGUCGGGUGGUUUCCCAGGAAUCGUGACCGGUGUGUGAAGCUAUCCAGGGAUGUAUUAUUCCAUGGUUUAAAACUUGGCUCCGUGGAAGAAGGAGAUGGCGAAGCUACAGAGGCUGAAAAGAAAUCCCCGGGGGUGCUUGUGCAUGGUGGCGAUGGUGGUGGUGUUGAGAAAGUCAGGGCCCCAAAAA